CCAGUCUGGAGCGAUGUUUGGAAGUCAUGCAAAAGGUGACGAUCGUCUGUCCUCACUCACCACCUGCACCCCGUCUCCAGCGACGUGAAAAGCCGUACUGGACCUGACACAGAACCCUGGCUUGUGCCGCCAUGCUGGAAGCAUCUUUCUCAUCCUUACAAUGCCAUAAUGCGCGACCAGUUCAGCCGCUCCCCUAUCAACCGACCGGUCGUGCCCGCCCCGAGCAUGAAUCCCGAUAAACAAAACAACAAUGGCAUGCCUGCCAAACCAUUCAAGCCCAGCCUCAGCGCCGCAUUCAGAACUGCAAACAAGCCGUAUUCGCCCCUAACACCUCGCCUUGCCCCAACGGGUGGCUAUCAAACCCCAAAGAAGCCUGCUUCUCCCGAUACCGCCCCUCCUUCGCUGACGAAAAGGGAUGACACCAGUACUUCUGCCUCGACCCCUCUCAGCUGUAAUGUCACGCCGCGAUCAGGUACGCGGAUCUCGCGACGAGAUGGCCCGAUUGCAUCUCCAGAGACCACCCCGGUGGUUGUGCACACAGCACCUCAGCUACCUCGUCCUACACUACCGGUUGCUACAGGUUAUGCCCGAGCAGAACGAAGCCCAGUGCGGGGAGGAUUAGGGUUACGGCCAGAGGUAGCAAAAUCAACCAUAGCGAAGAGUAUAUCGACCGAUGCACUGAGUCUCAGAGCUCCGUCAGUCGCACAUUCAUCGUCGGAAAGUCUGAGUGGUUCGCCGAAAUUCUUCCGUGCCGGUGAUGCACGCUCGUCCGCGGGGUCCCAUGACGCAGACUCACGGCCAUGCUCUUUUUCAAAACAAUCUCAGUCAUCAAAUUUCUUAUAUGCGGAUGGUACACUUGAUACGGACAGCCAGACAGAUGACUCCAACCGAGUUGGCUCUACAAAGAGGCGUUCAACGGGGUCGUCUUCUCGCCUUCCUGUAGGCGUAAAGGGCCAAACGGUGCUCUCGCCUCGGUUAAGACCCGCGCAGUUGGCAGAUACAACCUCCCGAUCUUCGCCUGAUAGCAAUCUACAACCUAGCCCAAAUAUUGAGGAGAGUUUUGAAGCUCGACUUUCUACUUCUUUCAGUGUUACUUCUCCUUCUCCCGCCCAACAACCGCUACCGCAACCUCUACCGCAACCGCAACCUCAACCUCUUCCUCGUCCCAAUCACCGAAAGUCGACAAGUCUCGGCUCCAUUACACAAGUUGUGUCUCCUCGGGGCGUUACUCGACGAGUCACGCCAAUAUCGUCCCCGCCGCUUCUUGCCGAGGCUCUAGGUGUUACCCCAGAGCAAUCACCUCAUCCAAGCCCUCAAAUUAUCACAAACAUACUAGUAGAUCCGGUUUCCGAUCAUAACAUACCAUACACAGUACCUCAGAGCCCGGUUAAAUUAGAAGGGCCCAAUGCAUUCGGCGAUGGAGCGUUAAAUGCCCGCACAGAAAGGAAGAUUCUGGAUCUAGAGAUCAGCAAUUCAUCCCUCCUGGCUAUUAAUCGCACUCUUGAACGAGAAUUGCGCAAACAAAACGCAGAACUGCGCCGAUUUCGACGACUAAGCCGCUCUGGCCGUUUAUCCAUGACGACUUCUAUACGAUCCAUCUCUGGCGGUGCGCUAUCAGUUGUUAGCGAAGCUGGCGACACCAGCGAGCUUUCUUCCAUCCAUUCCAAUGACGAGCUGUCUGAAGAGAGUGACAACGAUUCAUUCGCCGACGACACCACUAACAGCCCUGGCAGUCUCGCAGACCAUGAUGCCCGACAUCGGGUUAGCGACGAGAAGCGCUUCAUGCUCGACCUCGCCAAGCACCAAGAACUGCUCGUCGAUAGCCAGAAGCUCAACCAAAGUCUGAAACGAUGCCUCGGACUGACAGAAGAAUUGAUUAAAGAGGGCAAACGAGCGCUCGACUAUAACGUCCACGUUAACGAUGUCGAAGUUGGUGGCCGCGUGUUAGCCCCUGAAGAAAUCGCAGACGAACUUGCAAGUGGCCGUGGUUUGUUGAGCCCAGGCGCCGAAAUCGACGAAGCCCUUGCGUUCGAUGUAUCCGGAGACGACCUCAGCCCGGCAUCAUCACCUGAUCCAAUGUAAUAUUCUCGCUUUUUUUUUCAAUAUAAAUCUGGUGAUACCCUUUCUUCUUACACCUCGACAUGGCCGGGCCAGUCUUUCUUUCAAUCUUUCUGUUUCAUUUGUUCAAAAUGGAGUUCACCUCCUGAUAAUAUUUUACCCACAUUUACAACGUUGUAUUAUGCUUAGAAUGGUGUUUUUUUCGGGGAGCUUGGCGCAUCUUUGGGUUGAUUGAAUUGGGCAUUCUGUUAUCAUCGGGAUCAUCUGAUGGCGUUUGAUUUAUAUGAUACCUCCUGUGAAAAUGCUAAAUUCUCGCCACUCCUGUCCUAUCGCUACAUUUUUCUCCUUGUUGUGUUUAUGUAUUGAUACCCUUUUUAUUCAUCAAUUGGUAUACAUAUAUGGAUGUUGGAAUAAUGGCUGCAACACUUGUGUGUUUUGAAGUGCUAGUAAGCACUUAUGUAGUUCAUAUGUACUUUCCAUUGCAUGACUUAAAAUUUUUCUACA